AUGACCGGUGCUGCGGAGUUCGGUCACUUGGAUGUGGUCAAGUGGCUCCACCAAUAUAGAGCAGAAGGGUGUACUGUGCAUGCUAUGGAUCGUGCUGCUGCUAACGGUCACUUGGACGUCGUACAGUGGCUCCACGAAUAUCGAGAGGAGGGCUGCUCUCGUCUCGCGAUGGACUUGGCGGCCCAGAACGGACACGUGGAAGCUGUCAAAUGGCUACAUGAACACCGGACAGAAGGGUGCACUGCCGCUGCGAUGAAUGGCGCUGCUACGAACGGCCAUUUGGACGUUGUGAAAUGGCUACAUGAGUACCGAGUAGAAGGCUGUACGAGUGUUGGACGAUGGACGGUGCCGCAGCCAGAGGGCAUCUGA